GCCGAUGCCCUCUAAUACCUCCACCUACCUGCGAACACAUCUCUCAUGAGGGAUCGUCUUCCCGUCACGGCCCGUUGCUGAACUUUGCAUCUCCGCGUCCGAGGUAGUUUGGCGUUCCCUGCGUGUUGUGAAUCGCCGACGCAACGCUGGAGGUGCAUUGCAGCUUCUAACCUACCUCCAUUUUUGUUUUGUCGCAUCGGAAGGCUGGUCAUGGCCCCGGAUAGGUCACCACCCCAAAAGUCACAGCAACACCACCACGUGAGGUCCAACUCGUCUUCCCAAACAACUUCCCCGGCCGCAGGCAACCGUCGUAUGCCCGCUUCUGGCCCAUCUUCUCGGAGAGGAUCUGCGGAUUCGUCUACCCUUCAAGCAGCUACUACUAUUGUGAAUGAAUUGCAAUCGCAGCCGAUGACGGCCAGCGCAUCUCCCUCUGAGGCUACGGUCACGGAGCCGCCUAGCACGUCCGCCACACCAGCGCCGUACGGGACGCGGUCCAGAGGUCGAAAUGCCGCACCUCGCCCCAACUACGCUGAGGAUCGCGACAUUGAUAUGGAUCUCGAGAUCCAACAACCCACCUCCAAAUCUUCAAAACGAAGCAGCGGUAUUACGAGUCAUUCCCUCAAUGGCUCUAAGCCCGACGGAGAAAAGGCGGGUUCCUCGAAUUCACGAAAAAGCCUAACAGCGACAAAUGGGGCCAAUUCCGCUGCUGCCAAAGAUUCUUCUAUCCCUGGCACCUCGUCAUUUUCUGCAAAGCCGGAUGAAACCAAUUCCUCCACAAGUUCGUCGAGAAAACGGAAACAACCAGCAAGCUCUACAAAUCCAAACUCAACAAAUGGAAAUGUCCCCAAAAAAUUAUUUACCACCGCCCCAGGCGUCUCCCAGAGCCUCGGUGAUUCGAGUAUGGUCUCCUUUGAAGGCCGAGGUGCCUAUUUAGAAAAGGGAAAACUCACAGCUGACGAUGGUUCUACUUUUGCUGUAAAUGACCAUGUUUAUCUUAUUUGUGAACCGCCAGGGGAGCCGUAUUAUUUGGCGCGGAUUAUGGAAUUUCUCCCGUCCAAGGAUAAGCCAAAUGGCCCGAUUGAGGCGUUGCGGGUGAAUUGGUACUAUCGGCCACGUGACAUCCAGCGCAAGGUUGCUGAUACGAGGCUCGUGUUUGCUUCGAUGCACUCCGACACAUGUCCACUCUCGUCAUUACGUGGGAAAUGUCAGAUCCAGCAUUUUUCCGAGAUUGCCGAUUUCGAAGAAUACCGGAAAACCCGAGACUGUUUCUGGUACGACAAAAUGUUCGAUCGAUAUAUCCAUCGUUAUUACGAAGUCAUCCCCACUACCAAGGUCAUCAAUGUUCCUGCAAACGUCAAGAAAGUGCUUGAUGAGCGAUGGCGAUAUGUUCUGGUCGAGAUUGGACGGCGAAAAGAGUUGACGAGUGCGGUCAAGACCUGCAAGCGAUGUAGCCUAUAUGCCGCCAAUACCGACUCGGUCGACUGUGCUGUUUGUCACAGCACGUAUCAUAUGUAUUGCGUUCGACCUGUUUUGACGAAAAAGCCGGCUCGGGGGUUUGCAUGGGCUUGUGCAGCCUGUAGUCGGGCCCAGGAACGGAAACUCGAGGCUCGAAAUACUCCUGUGCUCGGCGAGUCGCAUGUAGAUGCAGACGAAGAAAUGAUUGAAGAGGAGGAAGAAGAGCCCAACGGAAUUGUAAACGGUACCUCAGCGAGUACCCCGGCGCCCGUUGAGGAAGAAGCAGUACGACCAGCGACCCAGGAACAAGUUGCCCAAGCCCGGAUGUGGCCCUAUCGCUAUUUGGGUAUCCAUUGCCGAGUUGAAGAUGCUUUGGAUUAUGAUGACCGUAUAUAUCCUCGGGCCAGUUCGCGACUGGGGCCUCGGCACCAGGCGGUUGUAAAUCCAUGGCCUGGACGCUCGGUGGAAUAUGUCAAACCCAUUGAAAUCAAGAAGAAAUAUAUGAGAAGCGGUGGAAGUCGCAAAGAUUCUCGACUUUCCAAGGAGACCCUCGCCGCGAUCGAAAGUGCAAAGCAAGAAAGGGCAAAUCGACCGAAGUGGGUUUUGGAUGAGCCCCCUGGUUAUAUUCGAAGGGGUGAAGAUGAGCCAGUCCCGGUCGGCGGGAAGCAAGUGCGCACCGCAGAACUCAUGUUCAAAAUGCCCACCGCGGAACAGGUGCCUUCUCGAGGGGAGGAUGAUGGCCCUGCACCAGAUCUUAGCGUCGAGGAGCGGGAGAAAUUCAUCGAUGAAUAUAUGGAGCGGGCGAAGCAACUGGCCCCUGAUCUCGGAGUGGAGAAACAUUCGACCAAUUUCCUGGACAAGGCUUUGGAGCUUCUGUAUGCGCAUAGCUUCGAUGCCGAUGCGGCUCUUGCAAAGCUCAAGCAGGUAAACAAAUACAAGGACCUCAAAGAGCCACACCUCCGCCCCGAAGAGCUCAAGCUUUUCGAGCAGGGCGUAGCAAAGUACGGAUCUGAAUGGCGAAAUAUCACCAAACAUGUCGGCACGGUACCGCAUUACCAUAUCGUGCGCUUCUACUAUAUGUGGAAGAAGACUGCCCGCGGUCGGCAGGUUUGGGGUGCGUAUGAGGGUCGACGAGGCAAGAAGGAGGCAAAGCGAACCAGCGCGGCGAAGCUUGUGGAUGAUGUGGCGGAUGAUCAUGAUGAUUCGGCCUUUGACAAUGACAAAGCUCUCGAGAAGAAACGUGGAUUCCAGUGCAAGUUUUGCUCUACAAGAUCCUCUCGACAGUGGAGACGCGCUCCUGGAGCUGCUCCUGGAACGACAACACCGACAGAACCGUCGUUCAAGCAGCGAGAUAAAGGCCCACAGCUUAUUGUGGCUCUUUGUUUGCGUUGUGCUUUACUCUGGAGAAAAUAUGGCAUUCAGUGGGAAAGUGUGGAUGAAGUCGCCAAGAAAAUCGCUCAAAGCGGUAACAAAUCAUGGCGUCGCCGUGUAGAUGAAGAACUGUUAACGCAGCUUCUUGUUUCUACCGAAACCCCGAUUAGUAUCAACAGCGCGACUGCUGCUGCGGCUGCUUCAAUAGGCGUUCCUGUCAACGCCAACGCUCAGCCUAAGGAGGAAUCUGCCAAGAAGAAGAACCGGAAUGAGAAAGAUAGUGCAACAACCUCGACAGCGACUUCGGUAGAACCCGUUGCGAAGAAAAAAUCUGGCAACGAAAAGGCCUCAGAACCUCCACCGAUUGUUCCCGAUCCCCCGAAGGCCAAAACUCUCCCUUGCGCUAUAUGCGCGAAGAUGGAGCCUACGGGCGAGCAACAUCUAUCCUGCCGGGAUUGUCGUCUGACUGUCCAUCGCAGCUGCUACGGGGUCAGCCCAACACGGAAUGGUGUCAAGUGGUUGUGCGAUAUGUGCUCGAAUGAUAGGAGCCCAAUGAUCUCGACCUCCUAUGAAUGUGUUUUGUGCCCUGUGACCUGGACGGAGCAUGAGCUCAUGGAAGCCCCCAAGUCCACACAUAAGAAGAAAACGGAGCGCGAUCGCGAGAAAGAGAGGCUUGAAAAGGAAAUGGUCAACGAGGCUAUCAAACUCUAUCGCCAGAGGCAAGAGGCCGUUGGCAAGCCAAUUGGCCCCCGCGAGCCCCUCAAGCGAACUGCGGGUAACAAUUGGAUCCAUGUGACUUGUGCAGUAUGGACACCGGAAAUCAAGUUUGGCAAUGCGAACGAGCUCGAGCCUGCCGAGGGAUUUGGACUCAUUCCCGCUGACCGGUUCCGCGAGACAUGUAAGAUCUGCAAGUCUAACAAGGGCGCAUGCGUGUCGUGCCAUUUCAGCGGCUGUAACGCUCAGUUUCACGUGGGAUGCGCAUUCCAAGCUCAAUAUAAAUUUGGGUUUGACGUUACUCCGGUUAAAAGCUCGCGACGGGACAGCAUAAGUAGCGUACGACUUGGAGAGGAAGUUGGGGCGGCCACUGCAGCAAUUUGGUGUCCUCACCAUACCGUCUCGUCCGUUGUUCACGAGUUGGAUGAGUCGACCGAGGAUGGCGUCAACAAUGCCCUCCAACUGUAUGCUCGCACUUAUAAGCAGGCGGAUCUUACCAUGACAGGUACGGAGCGAAGGGCUGCAUAUGUUCAACCGUUGGUCAGCGUCUCGCAGCCACCCACAGGCACUCUUGGAACCCGACGAGCGUCCAACGUCAAUGGUGCUGUUAAUCUGCCAGUUAUGACAAAAGAAACCCCGACUGGAGUCGUAUCAGAGGAAGCUCCGGAUGAAAUGCAGAUCGACUCCGAGGGCCACACUUCAUGUCUCGUCAGCAGCUCUGAUGUUAUGCGAAAAUGCACCACCUGUUCAACUGCUUAUAGUCCCAGAUGGUGGCCGAUUGACAAGUCGCGCCGAACACCCAUCGCGGGCCAUAGAACUCCCUCGUUAAAUGGUGUGGGAUUGAAUGAGCCUACUGGAUCUAGAUAUUCUAAUGCUACCUCCACCAGCCCGCCAUAUAUUCAUAGAACCCCUCAGCAUGGCUUUGCAAAGCUCAAUGGUGAUUAUUGCCCGCCAGACAGAACAGUGACCCCUGCAGGCAAUCUGGAAGGAUCGCAGGUGCUGUAUGAAUGCCACAAAUGCCAUCUGAAGAAAACGACUGCCCAACCGUCUCCGGAGCCUCGACCGUCACCAUAUUCCGCUCCAGCCCCGCGACCGGUUUUACCAGCUCCUCGGCUGCCAGAGUAUCACAAUCACUCUUACGCUCCUCCUCCUCCUCCGCCUCCUCCUCCUCCCCCUCCCGCUCCUGCUCCGCCUUCUUCUGCUCCGCCUCCGCCUCCGGCUCCUUCUCACAGUCACCCCAGCCAGCAAGGGGUGCUUCCUAGACCGAUUGGGGCAACCCACGGGCCAAGCCACGGUAGUCCUGAAUGGUAUCCUGGAUAUGAAAAACGCCCCGGGGAUUAUAAGGACAGCAGCCUCCGCAACUGCAUGCCGGUUCCUGGGUAUCGCAGCGGUCCUCCAGCGCCAGUACCGCCGCCAACCCGGCACAUGAACGGCUACCAACCUCCCGCACACCACGGACCCCCUUCUCAUUAUUCCAGUGGGGUGGUGCACCCUCCUCCCCCUCAGCCUUAUUCGGCACAUCAGAGCCCUUAUGGGCCGGUUUCUAUGCCUUCACCUCACCUUCCUCCGGCCCCCGGACCCCGACCGUACGCGCCAUCCGCAUCACCUCCGGAUGUGCAAGCGACCAUGGUCCGGCACUCCCCCCAGCAUUCCCUUAGUGCCUUGAAUGGAGGGCCACCACGGGUGUAUUCGGUCGAUCGGGUUCUAAGUGGGCCGGCGCGAUCGCCCCCUAUUUCACAGGCACAUAUGGAUCCUCGGGGACGGACACCGCCGAAUAAACUGGAGGAUAGUACCGGACCGGGGUCGCUAAAUAACGGGCGACAUGUGACCAUGAAUGGAACUAGCGGAGCCAGUGCUAGUCCGUCGUUGAAGAACCUGCUGUCUUGAAAAAGAGAGAGAGAGAGAGAGAGGCCUGGG